AUGCUAAGAGAAGGUUCCCAUGGAGAAGAAAGUGCAGGAAAUAAUCAGGCAGUGAGUUUAGGGACGACAAUUAUUGGAGUGAAAUAUAAGGAUGGGGUUAUUUUAGGGGCUGACACCAGGACAUCAAUGGGGACAUAUGUAUCAAACAGGGUCAGCAGGAAGAUCACGAAACUCAUGGAUAAUGUAUACACUUGCAGGUGUGGAUCAGCUGCAGAUACACAAGCAAUCUCAGAAUAUGCGAAAAAGAUAAUGAAUAUGGGAGUAUUCUGCCAUAGUCAAAGGCCUCUUGUUAAGGACGUGGCUGUCUCCAUGAAGAAGAUAGUAUGGGAUGCGACUGACCAAGGGGUUAUGGCUGGGUUUAUAGUGGCAGGUGUAGAUGAAACAGGUGGUCACAUAUUCUCAAUUCCACUGGGUGGGGCACUAAUAGAGCAGAAUUGGUCAGUGGCUGGGUCUGGGUCAUCGUACAUCACGGGCCUUGGGGACAGUGCCUUCAAGGAGGGAAUGACAAAGGAAGAGGCAGUUGAAUUUGUCAGGAAGAUGGUUUCCCAUGCGAUAUACCGGGAUAAUUCAUCUGGUGGAUGCGUCCGGAUGAUGAUCAUAACAGAAGGAGGCACAGAAGAAAUAACUGUCCUUGGGAAUGAAGUGGCAGUCUAA